CCUCCUGGGGUUUAUUAUAAGGGGCCACAGGUGAAUCACACACACUUCUGCAGAUUACCCCCCUGUGAAGAGGACAAGAUGGUGUUCACUAUUAAGGACAUGAGCUUUAAGGCUGGAAUGGAGAUGAAGAUCUCUGGAAAGGUCAAAUCUGGCUGUGACGGGUUCUCCAUCAACAUCGGUCAUGACACCGAUGUGAUCGCUCUUCACUUUAACCCUCGAUUUAACUAUGGGUGUGACAACAACGUCAUCGUGUGCAACUCGAAUCAGGGAGGCUGGGGUGACGAACAUCGUGAGAACUGUUUCCCCUUUAAACAGGGCGAAGAGUUCAAGUUGAGCAUCACCUUCAACAAUGAAACCUUCUAUAUCAAACUCCCUGAAGGCACCAUGAUGAGCUUCCCCAACCGCUUAGGAGAUGACACAUUCAAACACAUCCAUGUGGUUGGAGAUGUGAAGAUCCUGAGCUUGAAGGUCAAAUGAGCAGCGAGCUCUAAUGAAGGAUGGUCACACUCAUCUCAACAUCGUCAGUAUCUGCACUCGUGUUAUCAUGACAGCUCCGGUCUGGUGUUCUACAGCUUGAUAGUCUUUGAGUUCUGAAAGCACUGAAUCUAAAAACCACUCCAUAUUGACAAAUAAAACCACUGAAUCCACAAAA